ACGUCAUACAAUAAUAAGGAAGUAGCGACACAACAAAGUACACGAGUGGCCCUGGUUGAAUUACAAUAAAUUGUGAACCAAUUUUGAACUUUGAAUGGAGAAUUGUGCAAAAUAGGACAUUUUAUAUAUAUUUUUUUCUAACUGACUGUCUGUAUUUGGAAAGUUUCUUGUAUUUUAAGCGUUUUGAGAGCAUCAUGGAGAAAUACUCCCACCUCAGAGUGAUCGGGGAAGGGUCUUUCGGUCGAGCUGUGCUGGUUCAAUGCAAAAGCUCUCAGAAUAAAUAUGUACUCAAGGAAAUACAGCUGCCAAAGAAGCUAUCCAAACUACAGAGUUCAAGAAAGGAAGCAGUCCUGCUGUCCAGAAUGAAGCAUCCCAAUGUUGUGGCUUUUAAGGAGGCAUUUGAAGCUGACAGCCUCCUGUGCAUUGUUAUGGAGUACUGCGGUGGAGGGGAUCUACUUCAGAGGAUUCUGCAGCAGAAAUCCUCUCAGUUUACUGUUGAUAAUAUCUUGAAGUGGUUUGCUCAGAUGUGUGCCGGUGCACAGCACAUUCAUGAUAAGAGGGUUCUGCACAGAGAUUUAAAGUCUAAGAACAUUUUCUUAACAGACGACGGCUCAGUGAAGCUCGGGGACUUCGGCUCUGCUUGCAUUCUGAACAGCUCCAAGGCUUAUGCUCAUACGUAUGUUGGGACGCCGUAUUAUGUGGCACCAGAAAUUUGGGACAACAAGCCAUACAACAAUAAGAGUGAUGUGUGGUCGUUGGGCUGUGUCCUCUACGAGCUCUGCACCCUCAAACACCCGUUCCAAGCUUCCAGUUGGAAGAGCCUGAUCCUUAAGGUGUGCAGAGGUGCGUACCCUCCGCUUCCCAAACACCUGCCCUAUGAGCUGCACUACCUAAUCAAGCAAAUGUUCAAGACCAAUCCAAAAGACAGGCCGUCGGUGCAGACAAUCCUGACUUCCCACAGGAUUUCGAGACUCCUGCGCUCACAUCUGCCCUCACAGAUCACGCAGGCUGUUUUAAAGACAGAGGAAGAGAAGAGGGGAAGAGGUCGAUGGAACAAGGAGGAAGGGCUGGAAGUGGCUAAUCUCCUGGGAGAGAAGAGUUUAAUAAAAACAUCAAGUGAAGGUGAGGAUUUCCCUAAAAGCAGCUGUGAGAGCACCGAGCCGCUCCCUAGAAAACAGUGGACUGCUGAGCCACCGAGUGCUGUGCUCCAGAUGCUGGCCAACGCCAGCCUGGUCUCAUCAGACAGCAUGGCUGCAGCUGACCAGACCAGCUCCACCCAUGGAAGUGAAUCAGAGGCCGGCAGGCAGAGAAAACAAUGGGUGCGGGAUCCUCCUGAGAGGAUCCUAAGCCUCCUGGAGAAGGCCCAGCUGAACAAAGCUUUCAGCACCUUUUUGAUUCAAAAAGGAGAUGAAAAUCCUCUAGUUGGGCCCCUCUCCCGGAAGCAGGGCGAUGAGACUGACGGCCUUAAGUCAGAGGUAGUUGUAGACGAGUACAGACUGCAGCCUCGCUCUGAUGAUGAAGACACGGACUUUGAGGAAGAAUCUCCUUCUGACUGGAUGGAUGAAAUUGAGAAAAUAUUUUCAGAACACUAAAGCCUCAUUCCUUCAAACCUCACACAAAUGAAAACACUAACAUUUUGAAUGUGCCAAACUUUUUUUUUUUUUCU